AUGCACCAGGAGAACAGCGUUCGACUAAACCCGUCAGUCUGCUACCCCUGCCCUGUGACGUGCAAGGAGCAGAUCUGCGAUUGGUCUCACCUCAACAGCUCCCUGCCCCUCUCCAUCCUGCACCUGGCCGUCUCCUGGGAGAGACACCUGCUGGUGCACACCAGUCUGGAGGGCAAGGCCUCCCUCAAGGACAAGAACGCGCUACACCUGUACUCGGUCAACGGGAAGCACCUGGCCAGCGAGCCCCUCCAGGAGCAGGUGACGGACAUGAGCGUGUCCCAGGAGUACGGGGUUGUUGGGAACAGGAAGGCGAAUAUGAGCGCGAAUUUCACACUGGCGCAAAUUCGGUGGGCAGAUUACGGAAAUAUCAGUGAUCCCGUGAUUUUGAGCUAAGCGUCCGUGGUCAUCUCACGGAUUCCUGUGUCCUCCCCACAAUGCAGAUAAUCAACUCGGAUAAUGUUUACCCAAGACAUGUUUACACGAGUAAAAUAAUGCGUAAGGGGAUGCCUUCAACCUUGUGACCGGUUUACGGUUCACAUUUAGAUGAAACUGAGUAAAGGUUUUCUGUGGCUGUUGCUUGCCACAGAAAACAAAGCUCUUGAUGACGAAAGCCGCCCCCUCAUUGUUGACCACAAAGGCCCAGCCCUGACGAGGAAGUGUCUUCUCAUUCAAACGCUGCACCGGCUGACGGUGCAUCAAACCGGUAA